AGAACAAGAAUAUGAAAAACUUAAAAAAUUAAUUAAAAAUAUAGAGAUGUUUAUUGAUCCUGAAGAAAAGCAACAGAUUUUGGAAAUCAUUGGAACUCUUGCACGAGGUGUUAGAGGUGGUUGGUUUCAAGAUUCACGUGUCGCUAUUAUAUUAUGUCAAUUAGGAACCCUUGUUAGCGAUAUUGACGACUUAAUUCGAAAACUAGUCCAAGAUUUCAAGGAUCGUGUAUCAGGAGGCGAAGCAAAAUUAUUUGCAAAUAUAUUCAUUUCAUCAUUAAAAAAGUCUCAUGAACUUUACGUGGACAGUCACGUUGAGACAAUGAAUGGAACUACAUCACUUGCUCGUCUUUGUGCAAAUGCAUUGCAAUUACGAGAAACCAAUGAUAAGGCGUCACGCAAGAAUACUGAUUGUUUUGUUGAUUUUCACCAUAAAGGAAUUUCGUUUAUUACUUCAAUGAUAACGAAAUUCAGAGUACUUGAUAAAAGUGAGGAAGUUACGAAAUCAAUUAAGUUCUUCAAGAUUUUAAACACGUUUAUCGGAGGAAUGAAUGUUAAUGGUGCUCGACAAAUAUACUCAAUUCUUCAACAAGAAAUGAAUGUUCAUGAGAUUAGCCCGUCAGAAUUGGAUAAACAAUGGGAACCUUAUUAUUUGUACGUGCAGAAGCUUAAUAACAUAUUAACGAAAGGAGGAGUUAGGAUAGGUAAUAAACGAUCCGCACCAGUUGAUGAUGAUGUUGAGAACUUGAGGUCUCCAAAGAAAAGAAAGCCUCCCACCAACAAAGAGGAUGAAAGAAAUGAGGGAUCAGAUAGUGGUGAAAGUUUUCAAAGUCUGACCGAUGUCCGUACCAAGAAGAAGGGAUUGAAAGCUCAUUGGUAA